AUUGUUCAUCUGUCAGCGUGCGCGUUCUUGCACACAGACAGCGGUUCGCCGGUUGCCACGUCACCCUCGCAGUCGUCACUGCAUAAACAGUAAAGAUGGCGGCCUCCGUCCGGGAAAAACAGACAGCUGCUUUGAAGCGAAUGCUUAACUUUAAUGCCCCACCGCUGAAAAACACAACAGCUGAGCCGGUAUGGAAGGUUCUCAUAUACGAUCGCUUUGGCCAAGACAUCAUAUCUCCUCUGCUGUCUGUGAAAGAGUUACGAGACAUGGGCAUCACUCUGCACCUCUUAUUGCACUCAGAUCGCGACCCCAUUCCAGAUGUUCCUGCGGUUUACUUUGUAAUGCCCACAGAGGAGAACGUUGACAGGAUAUGUCAAGACCUCCGAAACCAACUAUAUGAGUCCUACUAUUUGAACUUCAUCUCCGCAAUCUCCAGAAGCAAGUUGGAGGAUAUAGCAAGUGCUGCUCUAGCAGCUAAUGCAGUUAACCAGGUGACCAAAGUAUUUGAUCAAUAUUUGAACUUCAUCACACUUGAAGAUGAUAUGUUCAUUCUCUGCAAUCAAAACAAAGAACACAUUUCCUAUCAUGCAAUCAAUAAACCAGAUAUCAUGGACACAGACAUGGAGGGCAUAAUGGACACAAUAGUGGAUAGUCUCUUCUGCUUCUUUGUCACUCUUGGUGCUGUCCCAAUAAUCCGAUGUCCAAGAGGGAAUGCUGCCGAAAUGGUAGCCGUGAAACUCGACAAGAAACUGAGAGAGAAUCUGCGAGACGCUCGUAACAGCCUGUUCACCGGAGACACCAUGGGCUCUGGCCAGUUCAGCUUCCAGAGGCCGCUGUUUGUUCUUGCCGAUCGUAACCUGGAUCUAGCAACUCCUCUCCACCACACAUGGACGUAUCAGGCUCUCAUUCAUGAUGUGCUGGACUUCCAUCUGAACCGGGUCAGUGUGGAGGAGUCUCAAGGGUCAGAGGCCAGCCCAGCGGGAGCACGACCCAAAAAAAAAAACAAAAAGAGCUAUGAUCUCACUGCUGCUGACAGAUUUUGGCAAAAACACAAAGGAAGUCCAUUCCCUGAGGUUGCAGAAGCCGUGCAGGAGGAACUGGAUACAUAUCGAGCCCAAGAGGAUGAGGUUAAACGCCUCAAGAGCAUCAUGGGCUUAGAAGGGGAGGAUGAUGGAGCUAUUAGUAUGUUGUCAGAUAACACUGCCAAACUUACCUCAGCCGUCAGUUCUCUUCCUGAGCUCCUGGAAAAAAAGAGACUGAUUGACCUCCACACCAAUGUUGCCACAGCGGUUUUGGACCACAUCAAGAGCCGUAAGCUUGAUGUGUACUUCGAGUACGAGGAGAAGCUCAUGAGCAAGUCCACGCUCGAUAAAUCCCUGCUGGACAUUAUCAGUGAUCCUGAUGCUGGAACAGCAGAGGAUAAGAUGAGGCUGUUUCUGAUCUACUACAUCACUUCCCAGCAGCCCCCAUCUGAGGCUGAUCUAGAACAGUACAAGAAAGCCUUGGUUGAUGCAGGCUGCGACCUAUCCCCACUUAACUACAUUAAGCAGUGGAAAGCUUUCACCAAGAUGGCUGCAACGCCAGCCAAUUACGGGAGCAGUGGAGUGAAACCAAUGGGACUGUUCUCGAGGGUGAUGAACACUGGCUCCCAGUUUGUGAUGGAGGGGGUGAAAAAUCUGGUCCUGAAACAACAUAACUUGCCGGUUACUCGCAUCUUGGACAAUUUGAUGGAAAUGAAGUCAAACCCGCUACUGGAAUUUCAGUGCCCUGCACAAUACGGCUGUUGUUGGAGAAGCUGGGCAACUGAGCACUUCAGAAUCUCCUGCCUCCGCCACUCGUCAGAUAGUCCUUGCAGAUGGGCCUGUGCGACCAGGUUGCAAUAAAUGAAGUAUGCGCCAAAGCGCCAGGACUGCCAGGCCGGGCUGACUGAGGUCCCGUGGGGGAAGAGACAGGCUUGGCCCAUCCGAUACAGAGGAUGAGGAAGUAGGAGGCCAUUGGCCCCCGCCUCAGAGACAGCUCUCCUCAAUUUGUGUCGGGACUCUUCAAAGCAGAGAGAUGAUAAUCUUGCUUUUUUAGUCAAACUGGAGGACAUUUUACUGUUUGAGGCUUCUGGUUCUCAGACGAAUGGUUGCUGGGAAGCAUUAGAUCUUGAUAAGCAUUUAAUGUAGAUGGAUGAGGUGGUUUUUAGGAGAUGAUGUGGGGAGGGUGCGCUGAGUGUUAUUUCAUCCCUAAUUUACUUACGUGCUCUGUAAUCCCUAAUGUUAGGU